GUUUUCCACAACAAAGAUGGCGAUAGUAAAUUGUCGAAAGUGAUGUGUACAAUUUGAAUUCUGGCUAUGUAUAACAUUUGACUACUAUGGGAAAAACUGAGGAGGAAAAGCCUUCCAGUACUUCUAAGUCUAAGAAGGAAAGGCUUUUGUUUCCAACAAAGGUAUUUUGUGUGGAUGUUUUCAGUUUUUUAGGUGUACUGUUUUGCACUUUGCAAACCUAAAUCAUAAAGUCUGAAGCUACAAUAUAAGGUAAAACUUAAGACGGAAUCCAUCAGAAAAUUCAGUAAUUUUAACUUUCAGUGGACAAAACCUUGUGCCAGAAUAAUUUAAACAAUAACGCAUUCUUUUUUACAUUUUUUCAAGGGCUGUAAUAGCACCAAAGACUAUUUCCCCUGGGAUCCCGAGAAAAUAAAUGUCAAAUUUCACUGUAAUUUUGAAAACACAGGUAAAAUUCUGAAAAUUUCAUGUGUAAGAUGUCAUUUUGUGAAAUUUGACAUAUGUUUUCUUGGGCUCCCAUAAGACAUUUUCUUUGGUGUUAUAAACUAAUUGCAUCUAUAACCCUUAAAAAAUGUAAAGAAGAAUGUGAUUUUGUUUAAAUCAUUCUAGCACAAGGUUUUUGUCUACUGAAAAUUAAAAUUAAUCAAUUUCCUGAUGGACUUCGUCUUACCUAUCUGAUUAAAGUUGAGAAUCAUGCUUGCCGCUGGGCAAAGUUUCCUGCAAUACACAAAAAUUUUUAUGAACUGCAAAGUUGGCAUGCAUCUUUAAUCGGUCAGUGCAAACAAAAUACAGACUGAAGACUGCUGCAGACUAUUGUUUUCACCAUGCAAAUGAGAAUGUGACAAUAAUAAUCCCAUUGUCUUCUAACCCUUUAUACAAUGGUCUGCAGUCUGCAUUUUGUACUGUUCACAUCUUUAAUAAGUACUGAUGAAAAAGGUAAAGGGUUGGUGAUGUAUUUAAAUAAUUAUUUCUUUUAACUUUAUGAGGAAAGUUGGGUUAGUUUAAGCUUAAUUGAUUUUAUUGUAUGUUGAAUACUUAUGUCUUUUAGUAUUCACCAAAUCGGUGGAUAGCAGUUUUCGCACAUUUUGAUUGGUUCCCAUAACUCAGAAUAUCCUUAGAUAUUCACUGUUUUGGAGCGGGAUUCAAAAUGGCUUCUCGUUUCACGACAGUUUCGAAAGAUAAAAUUUUAGUGGUAAAUGAAUUUGUUACAAAAAGUUUCUUUUUUAUUUUUAUCCCACUGAUUUGGUAAAUACUAAAAGGACUAUUCCCCUCAGGGUUGGUUCAUAGUGCUAGAUAUAUAGCGAGAUGCGAUGCCCCUUUGGGGCAUAGUUGUAUAUUAUUCACCCUGCGAGCAGCACCUCCUUUGUCUUCUUGAUUGAGGAGGGGAAAAAGGAGGCUCUGCCUGAAUCACAUCAAACCUUUGAGGUCACCGCAGCCAAACUCUUUGACUAGUCAAUCUUGUUCUCUCUCGUCAAAUUGGUUUUUUCGAGUGCAAGCGUCUGUUUAUUGAUAUACCGACGGUCAUAACCAAGCCCACUGUAGCAAGUGCACAGCUAUUAGAUCCGGGUUGGAAACUUUAUCCUAGCAACAUGCUGUGCAUGCUCAAUAAAUAUUUAUACUCAAAUCAUGCAGAGUAUUUCUCGAGUACACCAAAUUCAAGCAAGCAAAAAAAAGGUUCAGCUGGCAGGGUGACCUUUAUUCACCCAUAUGUAUACUGUAUUUAUUCGGCUAUAAGCUGAGUGAUUUUUACACAAACUAAAGAUAAAGUUAAGUGAAAUUUGAGCCCAAGAGGGUAAUGCUGAUUGUACUUGUUCAAAGUUUAGGGUCUUGGCUUAUAGCUGAAUAAAAACAGUAUAUUUACUUACUGUGAUUGUGGUCAUAUUUUAGGUUGUUAUUCGUCGUCUUCCUCCAUCAUUGACUGAAGAUCAGCUGAAGGAAGAGUUGGGGGAUCUCCCUGAGCAUGACUUUUUUUACUUUGUUGGUAGUGAUAUGAGGUAACUUCAUUUUUGUAACUGGGUAACUCAAGGAAAUCCCCAAUCAAAAAGAAAAUCUUGCAUUCAGAGCAAGAUUUUAAAGUAAUAAUAGUAUCAUGAGAAUGUUCUGCUUAACCUACAAACAGAAAUAAUUCUAGCUGUCACUGCUGUUUUUGGAAGAGAAACGCAAUUUAAGGGGGUAACAUGUCUUUGUUUAUAGGGAAAAGUUCUGCUGAAGAGAUGUUGCUUAAAUAGGCAAACCAAAAUUAUGAUUAAUGAUAUUCACAAAUUCAAAACAUUACACAUCACUGUAUUAUUAUAACAGUUUAUUAUAUGCAUUGUACUCACUAUCAGUCUUUUCAUUAGCUAAGAACGUUACAGUGAAUUCUGGAAAUCAACACAACCUAAAGGUUACAAAAAAUAGUCAGUUACAUGCUAUGGUGUAGCAUAUAUUAAACUGACUUAUCUCUAUGUUGCACGUGCAAUGCAUGAUUUCUAAGAGAAAUGUCAAACUGUACAUUCUGUGUGACAUUUAGUUUUCAUCAUUUUCUUCCAAGUAAUGUGUAACAAAACAAUAGGCCAAUUCCCGGGGGCGGUACUUUAGGAAUUUCUGGGUGGGGAUGUGCCGCUGGGAGCCUGGAACCCUUAACCUUUACCAGAGCUAGCUCAGCUGAAUUUUGCUACCCCAUACUAGAGUAAACUCCCCAGAUCCCCCUAUCCUAGAGUAGCUGUGUAACUAGUCUAGAUAAAAUCUUCAACCAACUGAUCAGUUUCCUGAAAAAUGAUACCCUAUUCUAGAGCCAAAUGCUCUGAUUUAUAUACCCUAUCCUAGAGUAAACUGCUUGAAAACCAUACCCUUCACAGUGGCACAUACCUAUAUAGCCCAUAUAUGGCAGUACCCCCCCCCCUCCCUGGGGGGCCAAUUGCACUAAGUGGUCAUGUGACAACAUUUUUUUUUUAAAUGAAAGUUACAUGAUUUUGUCUUCAAAAAACGAUUAGUGGGUCAUAUCUUAAAGAAAAUAAUAGUGAUUUAGUUUUUCAAACCCGCACCACUUUCUUAAAAUGAGUAAGUUCAUAGCUUGUCACGUGACCAAAACUGUGAAUUUGUAAACUAUGAAUUACCUCUUUCUGAACAGAAAUUUUGCACAAAGUUUAAACUUCAAGGAAACUGUUGAAAAGAUGAUGUGGUAAAGUUUUCAGCACAUCUGAGCGUAACUAUCUAACGUUUAACAAAAUACAAGCAACAAGUAAAAUUGGCCGCCAUUUUGGAGGGCAAGAGUAUGCCCUCCAACAUGGCAAAUCAUACUACUUUGUUGAAAAGUCAAAGUGCCAUAAAAUAUCUCCCUUAAAUGCAUUUCCUCUCAAAUUUCAGGUGUAAGAUAAUUUUUAUGCUCUCCGUCAAUUUUUAGUUUCAGCAAGAUUCCAACUCAUUGUUUUAUAACGGAAGCAUUGGUCACGUGACCUCUUAGUGCACGUGGCCUAUUUUUAAAUUAGGCUUUUGUAAUAUUGUAGGAGAAUAAUCAAGGUUUCAGUAAGAGUUAUCAGAGUGAGACAACACUUACUACUGCAAUAAUAUUGUUACAACUGUUUGCAAAGUAAUAGAUCACAAUAUAGCAACGAGUAUCUAAAAUGCAAAUUUCAUUCAAAAAAAGUUUCCUGUAUUAAACUGUUGGGUUACUAUUUUAUCACAGCUUUGGUCCUAUAUCUUUUGCAAGAGCUUACAUCAAUUUCAAAAACAGAGAUGAUAUCAUAAAAUUUCGAGACCAGUUUGAUGGUUAUCGAUUUGUGAACAGCAAAGGUAUCUACAGUUCAUUCUUAUUCAUAUGUUAACUCAGUUGAUAAUAGUCUAACCCCAACAUACGUUCACCUGGAUUACUUGCCCAGCUCAUUAUUGGUUAAUUGUGGCCACUUUGAGUUGUCCCAGUAAAUUGCUGUCCAUGGACAUCUUCUUGUAAGAAAACCAUGUUAAUGAAGCCAAUGAAAACAUGCUAAAAUCCCAAAUUAUGAAUAUCCAUAUCUUUAUAAAUUUGCUUUGCUAAUGCAACGGAGAAACUGAUUCUGCAUUCCAUAAGUAACAAUGAAGAUAAUGAGGAAGAAUGUGGCUUGGAACACUGUCUUAAAUCAGUAACUUGUUCAGUGUCAAUUUUCUAACUUUAAUCUUAAUUUAGGGCUGUGCAUCCCUGCCCUGAGCUAACCAAAUCUAUAUAUAUGUGACAUAUAUGUGCAAUAGGCACCUAACUUUUGCUUUCGGGGGACUAGGAAAUCUUAGUUUCUUCAUACAAAUCAUAUACUGGACACCCCAGAUUUUACAGUUUAUGAGCACUGGGCUCCCUUCAAUUUUCCUUCUAAGAACACAGCCUCGUAAAAUUUGCUUUUCAUUUUUAUUUCCACACCAUCUUCUCCUUAGGUGUGGAGUAUCCAGCUGUUGUAGAAUAUGCUCCUUACCAAGGAAUUCCUAAGAAGAAAUCAAAAAAGGAUCCUAAAAUGGGAACCAUUCUUGAAGGUUUGUAGUUCCUAGAAGUUUUCAUAUGCUCAAAUUGUGUUAUCUUAAAUCCUCUAUUUAAGCUCCCCUCUCUAAUAAGUCCUCCCACUCCAGCGGAGGAAAGUUAAUAACCCCCACCCCUGCCCCGUAAUAUUCUUCACUGAUAAAUGAUUUACUGGGUUAAUCAAUCACAACAGUUUAUACUGUAGUUCAGGUUUGUUUUUGAUUCUCAGCUGCAUGACUUCCAACUUCUUGUACGUGAGCUUUUCCACUUUGCAUUCUAGUUCUUCAGGCCAUCAUUUUGCUAAAUUAAAUGUGCCCCCCACCUUUCAAACAGUCUCCUGUCUCUAUUGCCCCUCCCCCCCAGCAAAUGUGUUUCAAGUAAUAUAUCAAACAUGAGAUGCAGUGUUUCAUCACCCGAUGAAACACCGAGAAGAGAGUUGAAAAUACGACGCGCAGCGGAGAAUUUGUGACGAACUUCAAGGUGAUCUGGUGAUGAAACACUGUGUCGAAUGUUUGAUAUUUCUUCACAAACAAAAUCAUUUUUGAAGGAGAAAUUAAGGAUGCAAAUACUAAGCAGUGUUUCAUCUGAUUUCCAAACACUCAUUAAACAUUAAUUUCCUUUGUAUUUUCUUAAUGAAUUAUUAAUGAGUUUGAGAAAUAAAUUUGAAAUAUAUAACUCGCCCAGGGGGUUUAUUAGUGGAUUUAUGGUAAAUCUUUUAAAAAAGUGCAAGUCUUAAGUCUUAUGAAUUCUGGUGUAUUGAUUCUUAGAUCCUGACUAUCUGGCCUUUGUUGAAACUCUCAACCAAACGGAGGAACCACCUCCAACCAUUGAGAUGCAUUUAGAGGAGAUUGAAGCAAAGAAAUGUAAGAUGGCAUGGUGGGGGAGGAAUAAUUUUUCUUGCAGGGUUUAUCCUUUUAGAUGGUGAUUUUCCAUCAUUGAGAGUCUAGGAUCCUACACAGAUGUUCUUUGGCAUGUCACUUGUCGCAUAGCGAGGCUAGGAUUGUCAAGUGAUAUAUCAAGCAUGAGACCCAGUGUUUCAUCGCCAGAUGAAACAUUGAGAAUAGAGUUGAAAAUACAAGGCGCAGCAGAGUAUUUUUGACAAACUUCGAGGUGUUCCAGCCAGUGAUGAAACACUGUGUUGAAUGCUUGAUACUACUUCUCAAACAAAAUGAUUUUAAAAGGAGAAAUUAAGGAUGCAAUAACUAGCAGUUUUUCAUCUGAUUUCCAAACACUUUCUCCUAACAGUAUUAAUUCAUUAUCUAUACAUUAGUGUAUGAACAAUUUUAAUAAACAAUAAUGAUAACCAAAGGAAAAAAAAGAUCAUUGACCAAAUUCUUUUAAUGAAUUGAAUGUGUGGACGUCAGUCUGUCUAAAAAUUUCCAGAUGACUGUCCCAUUUUUAAAAGCUUAUGAAAUAAUGCUGAAUUUCACCUUUUCACAUUUUAGUCCCCAGGUUAGGCAAUCUUUCUUAGUAAAAAGGAAAGCUAAAAUUUUCGCAUCCAGAAAUGCGAUGGAGAGUAGCAUUGGAAAAAUUCUCACUUUCGUAAAACGUUAGAAUUGCAUCUAAUGUUUUUGGGAAAGUAAUACUGGAGCCCUAAUAAUUUUGAACAGUCUCAAAAUGCCCUAGGAUGAUCAAACAGACACAAAUUUUAUAGCCCUGAACAUAAAUGCAUUUCUAGAAAUCUAAAAGUACUCUGGAUAGCUUAAAAUCAUUGGGUGCCCCUGUUAAAGAGAGGUAAUUCGCACAUAUGAAGUGGACAGUCAAAAGUCACAAGCGUGUUUUAUCUCACUUGACUUUAACUAGUUUUUUUAUUAUUGUUCUUAAUCUUGUAGCUUCGUCUGGUAAUGCAAAAGUCAGUACGCCAUUAUUGGAAUAUUUAAAAAUGAAGAGGAGUUCACGAGGAAGGCCUAUAUCAGCCGUAAGUAGUGACUGGAAAAGUAAGGUGUGGAAUUAUCUACACCUACAUCUACAUCAUAACGGUUUCCCAUUACAUAGAUAUGAACAGCUAGAGAUCACAGCCGUUAAAAAAGUACAAACGCCAGAAACAUGGAAAGAUAGAGGGCUUAGAGUGCUGGUAUAAAAAGUGAAAGGUUCUGAACCCAGUUUUUUGAUUCCCUUUCAAAAAAUUGACGGUUGUAAGGCGCGUGUAUGGGAUUUUUGCACGAAUCCUGGGAGCCUUAAAUUUGUCUCCCUUGUCUCCUACCCCGUUUUCACUUUUGCAUGAGAGUUUGUCAGGUGAUCUUGCACGCGAGAGGGGCGCCCCAGUAACUUCAAACACUUGUGCAUAAUUUACGUUUUUUGGACGGACUUUAAUAUUACUGAACGAAGUUUGCAAACAAUAAUUGUCCUGAGCCCUACCUCACUGUUUCUGUUUGCAGCGUGGUCCUCCAGAAAGAAAAAGAAGACCUGAAAGAGAGGAGCUUCCCAAGGUAAUUUGUGGGCGCUUUCCAUUCAACCAAAACUUUCUAAAAUUUGGAAACAACGGCACAUGGUGCAGAAAUUUCCCGGGACCAUUUGUCAACAAAUUCUAGAAAUCAGUUCCGAGAGCAAAGUUGAAUGAAAAACAUAAACUUCCGAGAAAAAACUCCUGUAUACCUUCCCAUGUUGUCCUCUUUUUGGAAACUUUGGAAAAUGCUGUUCCAUUCGCUACUGGAAGUUGCCCAAAAAUAAAUAAGGCGUUUCCAUUGGUCAUUGUGUUCAAAACGGUUGGAAUGCUUAAUUGAACCAUGUACACGGUGAAAAACAGGCACUUUAUUUGAGUGCCAAUGUAUUUAGCACUAAAGUGCUAACUGAGGACUUUAUUAUGACGUCUCCUAAUGGAAAUGAGACCACCAUUUUUCGUGGACAUCCAAGCCACACGAAGGUCUAGCUGUUUGCAGGGCAAAGGCAGUACCUUCGUUUCUUAGUUAUGUGAAGACCCUUCCAGAGAAUGGAGCCCACGACCUUCUACUCUGAAGUCAAGCAGAGCAGAAGAGCAUUUAAAGACGGUGCCCACUAUCAUUUCUGCGCAUGCAAUUUCUUCCCAUCCCAAGGUAGUUGCGCGCGAAACGCGAGAAAUGCACAACACGUAGGACACGCGGACUGGUUCAAAGGAUUGUCUUACUUGAAAGUCUUGGAUGUUCUUCAGUGGUUACCGUAUUGCUUUUUUUUGUGGAAAAGAUGCCUAUUCAGCGUUUUCUUUAUAUUAAAACGCAGUUGUCUUUAAAAAAUGCGUGUUAUCCCUUGUUUUCUUCAGUUUUGCAUUUCAUUAGCCAUUACCUCACAUAGUCAUUACCUGGGGAAAAAUACUUCCAAUCAGGCGUCUUACCAUUACCCUUUAUUAAUGCUGAUUCAAGAGGUCAUUAGACUGAUUUUUGCCUCACCGACUCCAAGUUUCUAAUCAUCACCAUAAAAAGGAAAAAAUACAGCAGUAUAUUUUUUGUGACACAUGCUUCUACGUUCAAAAGGGUGCACAUUUCCCCCGUAUUUGUUGGUUUGUCUUCAUCUAAUUUUUAUUUUUUGCAUGUAUUGGAACGAUAGUUGAUUUCUGUGAAAGGUUUGAACCCAGGAGUCAUUUCGAAAGUAGGUUGAGUUUGAUCGUCCGGGUGAACGAAGUCCUCAAUAGGACUGUCGUUGUUGACAGUGACUGACGUUUCGACAACCUGUGCGGUAGUAAUCUUCAGAGUCAAAGUGAGUUGUAUCACGUCAGUUGAUGGUAUUAAACUCUGUUUAUGACAUGAUUAGUUUAUUUUCUUUUUCAGUCGCCAAAGAAAGGUUCGUCUUCCAAUUUGUCUUCCAACAAAGAUUCUACUGCUAAAAGUUCAAGCGGUCAACAACCUCCGAAGGAGGAAAAACCUAAAGACGAGUAAGUAUGGAGUAAAUUAUCUUGCUCCGUGAUUAGAAUUUCAUCCCCAUUUCUUGGAGUUGAAUUAUCAAGGAUCGCAUUUAACCCUUUUAGCGCUAAGAGUGAUCAGCAUCAAAUUUCUUUCUCUUUCUCAAUGCUUUGUAAAACAGAGAGGUCAUGAGAAUUACAGACAUGGUCGGGUAGGGUUUUUGUGCCGUUUUGGUCUGAAAACGGGUAUACACUUUGCCCAUUUUGGUCUGGAAUCAGGUAUGGUUUUCGAGGGAACUAGGGAGUGUAUGAACGUAUUUAUCUUUUCAAUUCCAAAUGAGUAAGAAAGAACGAGAAAUAUGCGAAUUCGAAAUGGAUUUGAAGAAUUUUUUUGUUUGGGCUCUAAUCUAAGUAAUGAUAUCAUAAUUUCUGCCUAAAAGACAGGUCUGAUAAUGGGUAUGGAUUUUAGACGUCUGGUCUGAAAACAGGUGUGGAAAAUGACAUUUUUUGAUCUGAAAUCGGGUCAGGAUUUGAACAACCGGGCGGCACACCCCCACCAAGAAUUCCCCCUCCCCGGGGCUAAAACGUGGUGUCGCAUCUGAAUUCCAAAAAUAAUGGUACAGUUUUAAUAUUUAGGACCUUAAUUAUUUAGGACUGAUAACGUUUUCUGGCGUCUUUUGCUACGGAUUGCGAGAGUGGACAUGGAUUGAAACUUGACAACUUUGUCAACCCUAAGUUCGCCAUAUUUACUUGUUUACAGAUGUAAAGGCGCUGCGCAUGAGCAGCGUGCUACCCGCUGUUCUGUUUCUGGCUCGGUUUUCCGGGCAAGUGUGAUUACAUCUUGGGCAAUUUCCAGACCAGUAAGCCUGGAUCCUAAGAUCCCGGCUAACCGAGAUGGCUCGAUUGUCAAGUAAUCACAAAGUUGAUUGUUGUUGCGUGUAACUAAAGUGCCAAGAUGUCGGCAAAGUAAGCCAGCAUGGCUUAUGUUAAGGGCCAAGAAACUACGAAAGUCUCCUGGACAGAGACAACCAAAGAAAAGACCUUACCUGUGGUGUCAAGAUAUAGCAAUUGUUUAAGACUCUCUCAUGUUAUAGUAGAAAAUAACUACUUGUAUAAAUUUUUUUAAACUUCAUCCACAAAGGAGGAAAGAUGCCAAAAACAGAGAAGAAAGUCGAAGAAAGGAUGACGUGGAAAGAAAAGGAAACCGAGACAGAGACACAAAGGUAGUGUGAUUAGUGAAUGUUAGGCCCGGUUCGAACGUCGAGCAUCUGACAAAUUACCUAAAGCUAAUACCGUAUUUAUUCGAAUAAGCGCCCAACCACCAAUUAGCGCCCACUUCGAAUAAGCGCCCAUCCUAAAGGCAGAAAAAGUUAAUAUAUAGAUUUAGCCAGGGCUAAAAGCGAAGCUCUCGAUAAUAUUUAUAGUUUGUUCAAACAAAAUAUAAAAUCGUGUAAUGCUAAGCGAAGAAGGCAACGCCGGAGAACGGAGAAAAAACAACAAUAGGUCUAAUUAGCAAAAAAGCAACCUUGCACGUGCAGCACACUUUUUUUGUACAUUUCUUUGCCUUUGUUUUGCACGACCGCCACGUGAAACUUCCAGAAACUUUUUAUGGGGGAAAUGUCGUACGUGUUCUCGUUCACUUUUUUUUAUCACUACCGCUCAUUUUCUCCUUGCAUUGGUGGCCGCUAGCAUUUCUCAUUUUGUCACCGCCCCUACAAAAUUUUCAUGUUGUUCUUCCAACAAAAAAUGUCUUCUUUGUUUUUUAUCUCUCGCUCUGUUGCCGUUUUUCUCGUUGAGUUUCUCUGGCCUUCCUCUUUUUCUCUUUUUCUCUGUCUUUCUCUGGCUCUAUAUUCCAAAUGUGUGGACAUGACAAUUAAUCUAAGCUUAAUACUUUUGAAAACACGGAUACAAAAACAAUUUCCGCUUUUCGGUUUCGUCUUUAUUGACUCUUUAGUUGCCUCUGCUUUACAGACGCGGGUGGCUAUGCGAUUUCCCGCCAAAAUAACCUCGAGUUGCAUUUGGGUUGCCAUACCUGUUGAUUGAGUUAUUUCACAUUGGUAUGCCUGUGGUGCGGACGGACGGUCGGGCGUACGGUCACGUGAUUACCAAAUUUUCGCGGAUGGGUAGAUUACCACAUUUUCUUACCCAUGGUGCUCCGCAGGCGCGCUUCGCGCGCCAGAGCUCCGCUAAUAAGCGCCCACCCCCUCCCCUUCUCAAUCAAACUCAAAUAAGCGUUCUUCCCCACCCCACCCACUUGAGUGAAUAAAUUCUAAUAAGAGACUUCCCCGAGGACGGAGUUUUCUUCAGAGUAUUUUACAGAAACCUUGCUUUGUUAGUUCUUCGCGUUUUGUUAUUAGCAUUUAUUGUUUUGUUGCAAAUAAACAUACUACACUUGCUGAAAAUGGUGAAAAUUUAAUAAGCGCCCAGCCUCGAAUAAGCGCCCACCUUGAAUAAGCGCCCACUCUCAAGGUCCAAAAAUUUAAUAAGCCCCCAGGGCGGUUAAUCGAAUAAAUACGGUAAGCGAUAACAAUAGAUUUUGCUAAUUAGAAUUAGGUAUACGGCGCAUGUGAAAUUCGACGAUUGAACUAGGCCUUGUGUCAUAUCUAAAACUAGAUAACUUGGCCUCGAAGUGCUUAUUUGUAAUGUUUGUGAAUCUUUUUUAGGCUCCUCCGCCGUCAAAAGACAAGAUGGAUUCAAAGUCGCCGAAAGGAAAAGACGAAAAGGUUCAUAAUAUCUUAGUCUUAGUCUUAGUAUAUUAUUGUUUCUUACAACAGUUAGUCCUCGUUUACAGCUAUUUCGAGAAAGGUUGUCGGAAAAAUUUUGCACGCAACAAUCCCGAAAGGUAAUAUGGGAUAUGAUCAAUACACUAUUCGUGACACUGUAGCUGUCGGAACCUACUUUUGUUCCUUUCAUUAAAUAGCACUCGCAAACAUACGUCCAUGGCCUUUCGUGCCAUUCUUUCAAAUUUCAUUGAAGAACAGUGAUAUCCAAUCCACCCAUAAUACCUUUCGGGAUUGCCGCGUGCACUUUUUCCGACAACUUUUCUCGAAAUAGCUGUAUAUAUGGACAGGUCACUCGCCUAGUACCCGAGCGACCCUGGGCCUCGUCGCUGUCAAGGUUGCGUAAACCCCUUAUUAGACCCCCAAGGCAAUUUCCCAGCCAAUCAGGAAUUAAGUUAAAACCAGCGGUGCCUUGCCCCCGCCAGUUUUCCCGCGCUCAGCUCCGGUCAUGUUUAUAAUAUUUAUGAUUGGUUCAUUGGAUUGUCUCUGCUUGUUUUGAUUGGUCGGUGCCACAAUAGGCCAUUUCCCAGUUGACCCAAGCCUCCAUUUUAAAGCUAGGCUAACUCUUUGAUAAGAUGCACUGCAGUACAUCAAAAUGUACGUAGCAGGAUUUUCAGCCAAAAUUGCGGAAGAAUAUUUCAAAGUUGUCGAAGAACAAGUCAUUCGACUUCAGAGCAAGGUUUGGAGCAAUUUAUGAGUGCUUCUAACAGUAAAAGUACCUUGCACAGAACAGCACGAUUGGCAAUUGUUUGAAGAAUUAGCAAAUACUCACUGAAAUCACUUGUCCCGAAAAUUUGAGCUGCUGGCUCGAUCUACCUCAGAGCAAUUUGUUUCUGAAAUUCCAAAUCAAUUACACAUCUGAAUUUUGAACGACUUCUGCUCCACCGGUUUCUCUGAAAUUUAUCCGGCAUAUUUAUUAUAUCAAUUAAAGCAAGAGAAUUUCAGUCAAAAAUAUCAGCAAAUUUUUUUACUAGACGCGAUUUUCUUUAAACAGUAGGGUCCUUCAGUUUUAAGCAUUAGUUUGGCAAAAAAAAAAAAAUCGGAUAUUUCAUAUUAUUGCAAAAUUAUAUUUGUCGUUCUUUGAAAAAGGUUCGCUGCUAUCGCGUUAAAAACAAGAAAGUUAGGACGGAAAGUUAGUCAAAGCUCGAUGCGCCUGUAUUAAUGACGGAGCCACCUUAAGUAACUGAAAGAGGAAUUGCUGUGAUGCGCUAUUUAUCUUAUCACUGAUUUGAAAUCAGUACUUACCUAGAUCGACUCUUCAACUUUUAUCUCUAAAUUGAUCUAAGCUUUGUCUCUCCAGGGUCGACCAGAGUCGGGAAGAUCGGGAAAACGCCCUGAUAGCCGACGGUUUGACGACCGACGCUCGGAAGAAAGGCGUCCAAACAAUCGGAGAGACCGAGGAGAUAGUUCGGACAGUUCCGACCGAGGACGAGACGACCGCUAUCGAAAAGAUAACGAGGGCGGGCGAAGAGAUCGACGACCUGACAGUCGAAGAGAUUCUCGACCCUCCCGAGAACCCGAAAGCAAGACGAAGGAAAAAGAAUCACUUGGCAAGGCUUCCGAUUCUGCAGGCAAGGAGUUAAAGCCCAGCAGAGAACAGGAAAGAGAACCAACAAAUGCUGUCGGAAAGGAGAAAGAAAAGAAAGAAAAGGAGACCACGUCGGUCACUGGGGAAAAUAAACCUCAAGGACAAGAAUCCAAGGGAAACGCCAAGGAUGAGAAAAGACGUAGUGAUGAACGUCGAGUGCGUAACAAGGUUAGUGAUUUUGUUACAAAAUGGUGAUUCCUGGGUCCUGAACACCAAUUCACCAAUUGAUCACGCAUACUAUCUCUAUCCGGUGGGUUUUAGGAUCGUCCUGAUCGAGCAUUGUACCAACCAAGAACAGGCCCUCGGGGAGCUGACCCACGAUCAGACACAAGAGACACUGCAUCAGGUACGUUCUUUGACCGUUCACUCUCAGAGUGAAUGAUAUGCUGUCUUGCAAGGUGGUUUUAACUUCUGAGUCUGUGGAUAAACUCCUAUGAUGUUACCAUUCAAAUGAAACCUCUUCAGCAGAACUUUCACGUGAUACUAUUUAUAUAGUUUGUAUUUCUAACUUUUGAGUCUGUGGAUGAAAUCCUAUGGUGUUACCAUUCAAAUAAAACCUCUUCAGCAGUACUUUCACAUGGUACUAUUUAUAUAGUUUGUAUUUCUAACUUUUGAGUCUGUGGAUGAACUCCUAUGGUGUUACCAUUCAAAUGAAACCUCUUCAGCAGUACUUUCACAUGGUACUAUUUAUUUAGUAUGUAGUUCUAACUUUUGAGUCUGUGGAUGUAAUCGUAUGGUGUAACCAUUCAAAUGAAUCCUCUCUAGCUUUACUUUUACUUUUACUUUUUACUACGGCGUUAACGUUUGAAAAUGAGCACUCUUCGUUUUAUUUUGCUGUGAAAAUAGAUCACCCUUACCUUCCACAUCUGAUUACGACUAAACAAACAGACAACGUACUACCACAAAAAAAGAAAAAAAAAAGAUUGUUUUACAACUUUCAAUUGUUGUUUUUUCUUUAAUUAUUAUUCUUAGAAAAAGAGAAAAGCAAAGAUGUGAAGACGAAGGAAAAAAAUCGUGAGCCCGACCGCGAUCAGACAAGGAAGACUCGCGAUGAUAAACCACGUGAUAGGGACCGUGACAGAUACCGUGACGACCACAGAGAGCGUGACAGAGAUAGAAGAAGUGAUCGUGACCGUACGCGAGAUAAGGCACGUGACCGUGACCAAGGCAGUGACAGAUCGCGAGGCACUGAAGCAUCAAAAGAAGAACGGCAAGAUAGGAGUAAAGACAAAAGAGGCGAUGACUAUGGGACACAAAAAGCAAGCGAAUAAAGAUUCAGAAGUUUUAGCAGUACUUCUGCACAACAAAAUAAUUUUAUUUCCUUUUAACUUACAUGCACAAUUGUCAGGUGCAUAAUGGAAAGUUUAAAAAAAUACUGUGUAUAUCCCAGGUAACCAGAAGAUUUACUGAAAGCUUCAUGUAUAAAUAAAGCCAUUCAAGUUACAUUGAAUAAACUUGUGAAAAAUCCUGUUUCCACUAGGUUUUAACCACGAUUUUAUUUUAUGACUUUUUAGUGCCCAUUUUUAACUAAUUAAAAGUCAUGUGACCCCCCUCCCCCCCACCCCGCAAAUCCUCUUAUCCUCCUAGGUGAUAAAUAUUGACCGGUCUGCUACGCUCAGAAUACCUGUUCACACUGUACUGCACCAAAGCCGGUCUGGCACAGAACCUAUACGACAAGGCACGCUCCGCAGCUUCACUCCAUUACAGAUAUUGCGUCGAAAUCGCUAUUCUUAUUGGUGAAAAGAAGCUCUCCGGUAUGAUUUUCUCACCGGAGCAAAAACUAUCCGAUAUAAUGUGGACAUGGCAUUAUUCUGCAUAACAAGGAAAAGAAAUACUUGAAUGAGAUAUCAUGUGGCACAAAUUUACCGGAGAUUUUUUACGGAUUGGCGGUUUUUUGUGUUUUGCGGGAACUAUUUUUUGCGAUUAGGACAGAUUGGUUUUUCUUGCUGAGAAUUAAUUUUUGCGAUUUCCAGAAAAUACCGAUACCCAGCAUUGAUAAUACGUUCGUUUUUAUUGAGCACGUGCAAUGGAACUACAUAUUUUCAAACAAUACAACCGAGACGUACCCUAUGUAAAACCAGUACCGGUAUUUCAUUCAACCUCGUUCCCAGGAUUCUCACCUACCCGCCCAUUGUAUACCGUUUUGUUUCUGAACGAAAGAGACAAGUUGUAAUUAAACAGUAGUACUGUAUGUUUGUGUAGCGGGUUUAAGUAAGAAAGUAUUUACGCUGCAGUAAAUUUUCGCAGGAAAAAUGUCUGCAGUAAUUUUUAUUUGCGGGAACUUAUUUUUGCGGGUCGCUGGAAAAUAUCGCAAAAAUUUGAACAAUCCGAAAAAAUUUUGUGCCACACGGUGGAGUACAUGUCAUUACUGAGAGUCAAUGAGAGGGCGGCUUCCCUGUGGUUUCUUGAGUUCUUUAUCGUUAGAUGUUUGCACAUACGAGAAGCAGGUAAUUUUUUGAAAACAGUGGCAAAUUGCUCGCUCGGCCGGACGGGGGCGACUAGGCUACAAUAGCCUAUCGCUUUCAUCGGAGUUCUAAGCUUACCGAAAUUGGAAAAUACCCGUGCAAAAGGUCCUUGAUGAAAAUGCAUUAAUUGCUGUAGUGAAACGAAGUUUUGUAAGGUCAUCUGUGACAGUGUUGACAAAAAAAGAAAAAAAAGACGCUUUUGAAAGUGAAGCUUAUCUUCCGUGAAGAGAGGGAGUUACGUUCGAAACGUCCAGUUGCAAUCCUUCGAUCUCUUUACGAUAGCCAAUUCACCUCUUCAAAAUCCAAAUCAAUAGAUAAUACCAGGUUUUUCUACUUAAAGCUUCAAAUGCAUUUUGAUAUAUAGUAAAGAUCAAUGUAAUGUCAUUUUCUCAGAUAGCCACAUGAAAAUUUGUUUUAACUACGUGUAAAAGAGCGCGCGCGCAAAAUCGAUCGAAGGCGAAAUUAUUAAACCUGCUUUUGUGACGUUAGCUUUUCGUCCUUUGAAAAGAAUGCGUUGGAUUUCACUCUCGUGUUAAUCCGAAGCGAAAAUGAAACGGAAAACUAUAUUUUUAUUGCAUGGUUUGUGUACUCCUUCUGUUGAACAAAAGGUAAGGACGGAAUUCAUCUUCCUCUAAAUUCCGCCUCGUUUAUUUUAGUAUAGGAAUGCUGUUUUUGCAUUUUAAAAGCGCUUGCCUUUCGGCGAGCGUGCCUUGGUGUCUAAGAGCUGACGCGUAAUUUCUUAAGAUUUGAUACAGUGAUUGCUUGCACUGCCGUACUUGAAAUAGCAUCACUUUUUAGUAGUAGCAAAUCUGGUACAUAUACUCGAUGUGCAAUAAUUCAACAGACGACGCUGGCAAAAAACAGCGCAUUGGGUCAUAGAACCUUACAGGCCUUUUAACCGGGCAAUUAAUGAUCUCAAGAUUGUGAACCAAAUGCCCAACUGCAUAAGCCCUAGUUCUCAAUUUAAUCUUUUAAAACUUAAAACGGAAAAAAUAAAAAUAAAAUAGAAAACUAUAUUUAUUUGUUUGUUUCACACUAUCGCACUGCCAGGUUACGUGUUCAUCCUUUGCGAGCUCGUUCUCUACCCCAGUGCCUACUCUUCAGGCGGUUAUGGGAACCAGGGCUCUGGCUCGCGAUUGAACGCGAGGUGCGGUGCGCGCGAUCAAAACCGAGCAUGACGUCAAAAACAGAACGUGUUUACGUUUAUGACGUUAGCCUUUUAUUCUUCGACAAGAAUUUAUUGGAUUUUCCUUUCAAUCUAAUCCAAAGCGAAAAUGAAGUUGAAAACGAUAUUCAUAUUGGCUUUUCCAGCCCUACUCAUUCUACAGCAAAGUUUGUAACGGUAAGGAGUCGUUCGAUCUUUAAAAGUACUGGCAAAUGGUAGGAUGUGCAUUUGUUUAGAGAGCGUCGCUGUGGGCACAUAAUUGCCUGCGGUCGAUCAACCGGACAGGUCUUUUGACCAGGCAUUUGAUGAUUUUCUCAUAAUUGUGAACCGAUUCCGUAACUGCUCAAGCCCUUGAAAGAACACUAGUUUUCAAUUUGAUCUACUGAAAUUUAAACUGGAAAAUAACCAAGAAAGUAAAAAAACGAAAAGCCGUUAAUUUUUGUAUGUUUACACGCCACUCCGUUGCUACGUGACGUCCUCAUCCUUUGAGCGCUCAUUCUGGACCCCAGUGCUUACGCUUCUGGCGGUCACGUGCGGAAGAGCUCUGGGGUCGAGAUUGAGCGCGAGGUACGGUGCGCGCGCCGUCAAAACCAAGCAUGGCGUCAAAAAUAGAAUAACUAUUCGUCUAUGACGUUAGUUUUUCAUUCUACAACAAUUAAUUGGAUUUUGUGCAUAAACAUAACUACCAGAAGUGUUUCAACGGUACAUCCGUCAUCUUCAGUGUUACAUAUUUUGAAAUCGCCGCUGAAUUUAAAUUCGUCCGAUAUUACAAAGUUCAGUUUUAGUACCGCAAUAUUGCCAACGCAAUGUAACGACACGUUGUAAUAUCGCGCGCGAUUUAAAUUCAACGGCGCUUUUAGACUUGCCUACAAGCCGAGUUUCAAUAUUUCACAAGCGCAAGCGGCAGAUUUUUUUUUGUUUUCUGAGGCGAAAGGGAGCGAGAGAGCGCUUUGCGAUGGGGCCAACUACUGAAACUGGAAGAGACGUUCCUCGUUUGUGUGAUAUAUAAUCGGAGGUUCUUUAUGAAAUUGUCUUAGUCAAGGCUGGCUCUGUAUCAAUUGCCAAUAUCAAAUAAGAAUGUUUUUAAGACAGGAACUGAUACUUGACACUGUUUAGUGAUUGCUUAUGAAUAGCAUUAUUUUAAAUUCACAAUAAACUUAUAUAAAACAUUUUUUACAUUUGCGUUUACAGUAAGGUCCUGUAGCACUGAGUCGACUCUUAAUGACCAGCCUUGC